AUGUAUAGACACGGAUACCAAAAUGUCGUUCCCCUGAAGGAGUUGGAGGCUCUUAUUGAUUGUACAACAAUUCAGAAUUACAGAUGUAACAAGAAAUUAGUUGUAUCCCUAACUCCGCUACCACAUAACGGCUCUGGUGCACUCAACGACAAAGAUGAAGCUUGUCACACUUGCAAAAGGAAGCUCAAUUAUCCAUAUCAGUUUUGCUCCCUUACAUGCAAGGUUUCGAACGAGGAAGCAAAUUCAUCGGGUCAUACUCCACAGAAAAGGCACAACAUGGAGCAAUUGUAUCUCCCAAAUUGGGAGAAAAAUUUUCAAGAAAGUAAUUCAACCCACUACAACAUCCAUCAUAUCCCCAAGUGGUUUCCAUUUGGAUCUUAUGCCGAAAGUGACCUCACCUCCUCCAGCGAUCCAAUCCCAUCAGCCAAUCUUUCGAUGCCAUUCUACCUAAAGAUGACCAGCUGGUACUUCAAGAAGUCUAAGUCAUGA